UCUGAACUUCGAAGACGAACAUUUUGGAAUCUCAUCCAAUUGGCCCCGCAUCGUAAGAGAUUAGAAAAGAUCCCAAUCGGUGACGGUGAGUCAAGCCAAGAGCCCGGUGGUGCGUUGGAAGUUAUCGUUCUUGUUGUUGAACUGAUUCAAAAAUAAACCAAGAUGAAGCAAAAUCCACAGCAGAAGGAGAGUGUGGAUAACCGGACGAGAAUGGAGGGUGGUCGGAACAUUCCGCCGGCACUGAAAAAGCUGUUGGAAUGGGACGUUAUCAUGACAAAACGGUUCGUCAGCUUCAUGUUGAAUUUCAUUGCUCUCAGAUCGCUGAGGACGCACUGUAAGAUUUUGGAGUAUUCAUGCCACGGCAUAGCUUGGCUGUCGGGAUGGCUUGCCUUCUGCUGGAUGAUUGACAAGCCGGAAUGGUAUCAGAUGCAGGUGAACCUGUUCAUUGGUCUUCUCACGGAUAUCGUUAUUGUGGCUGUCAUCAAAGCAGCAACUCGCCGCCGUCGGCCGGCCGUUAACGAUGAUCCGUUCUGCAUUGGCCCAGACAAGUUUAGCUUCCCGUCAGGACACGUAUCCAGAGCUGUCUACAUUGUCACCUUCUUGACUUGGUUGGACCCGGUCACAUUUGUCCUGUGGCCACCGCUACUGGCGUGGUGCGUUUCGAUGUGCCUGUCCAGAUUGCUUCUGUAUAGACACCACAUUCUUGAUGUCAUCGCCGGUAUCUUCGUGGGAUUGCUGAACGCUUUCCUGAUUUCCAUCAUCUGGCUCAAUCAGGAAAGUUGCGUUUGGGUGAUCUCUUACAUGACCGAUGAGAAGAUGUCCGGUGCGGAGUACGGAGUUUAGGAGGUUCCAAAGAAAGAUUUUGACGCUUAUGUAAUGGAUAAUCAUCAUCAUGUUUUCGCUAGCAGUACCAUAGAAAUAAAGUUGCAGCCAUAGCUCUGGACGACUAAGUAAUUUAGUGAUCCUUGAGAAAGGCCAAUGUCAUCAACACUUACAAAAAUCGUACUUACAUUGUAAGCCUUUAUUAACAUCAACGUAAUUUCCUAAAACGUGAACACUUCCACCGACCUCGGCACUAGCGUCACUCGAACCGGCCUUACUUCGUACGCCUCGUUGUCAAUGGAAUAGUACGCCUCACUGUCACU